UGUUGGUUGCGAUGGUAACUACGCUGGGAGGCAACUCUUUGACUCGGGCUGAGCGCUUAGGCGUAAGAUGCAAAGAGAGCGGCGCUUUCUACUGCCACGACAGUGAUCCCACGUCCUUCACCAGGUGCAUCGACAACGACUUGCACGUCUUCCACUGCCCGGACGGUCUGCACUUUAACACGCUGAGUCAGACCUGCGACUGGCCCAUGAACGCUGAUUGCAAAGGGAGUGGAGGCGGCUACAAGCACGGCAGUUCCAGCAGUUCCAGAAGUUCCAGCAAACAAGCGGCCAGCGCCGAUUGGAGCGACGGCAGCCCCAGCAGUGGCGCCUCUUCUCACGGGUCUGGUAAGCCAUGGUGGCGCCCUGAUGACGUCGACCCCAAGUCAUGGGAGGAUGUGAACGACCUGGUUGAGGUGCCCUACGAUGAGUCUGAGGGAGGAAAAAGCGUGGAAAACAGCGUGAGCUCAAGCAGCAGUGAGAAGGGGAGCAGCGAGAAGGGGAGCAGCGAGAAGGGGAGCAGCGAAAAGGGGAGCAGCGAGAAGGGGAGCAGCGAGAAGGGGAGCAGCGAGAAGGGGAGCACCGAGUGGGGGAGCAGUGAGAAGGGGAGCAGCGAGAAGGGGAGCAGCGAGAAGGGGAGCACCGAGUGGGGGAGCAGCGAGAAAGGGAGCAACGAAGAACAGGAAUCCAAGAAGCAGCAGUCGGCCAGCAGUUCCUCGGAAAAAGAACAGGUGGCCAGCAGCGCCUCAAAGAAAGAAUCUGGCAAGAGCUCUGGACACAACCAUCCACACGGCCCUGCCUGGAGCAUGACUGCCGAGAAAAGACCAGAACUCAGCAACGUGCAGUGGCAUGAUGGACCCUGCAAUCCAUCUGAGUGCACCCUGCCCAGUUGUCGUUGUCCCGGUACAGACAUCCCGGGUGGUUUGUCUCCUAAGAAGACUCCGCAGAUGGUAAUGAUUACGUUCGACGACGAGGUCUCCGCCGCUUACUACGGUUACUUCCAACGCCUCUUCCGCCCGGGUAGGUACAACCCUAACGGCUGCCCCGUGCGCGGCUGCCUGUACGUGUCAGGGGAGGGCACUGACUACGACCUAGUGUACCCGCUAUACGCAAUGGGGGUGGAGGUGGCCAGCCACACUCUGUCUCACCGCUUUCCACACACAUGGUGGGCCACGGCGACAUACCAGGAGUUCGUGGACGAGGUAGAGGGCAUGCGGCUGUCGCUGACCAAGAAUGCCGGCGUUUCUUACGAGGCCAUCCGGGGCUUCCGAGUGCCUUUCCUGCAGCUGGGCGCAGACAACAUGUACGCCGCGCUCUACGACUCCAAGUUCACCUACGACACCUCCAUGUUCACGGGCUCCGUGUGGGAGGGCAGCGACCCUGUGUGGCCUUUCACCCUGGACUACACGGUCCCCGAGCAGUACUGUCAGCAUGGACCCUGCCCCCUGAAGCAGUACCCAGGCCUUUGGGAGAUCCCAGUGCAGCGAUGGUACGGACUUGAUGGUCACUCAUGCGCAAUGCCUGACGGGUGCACCGCCUCAGCGGACGCCGAAGAGGACCUGGAGUUCUUCCGCUCCAACUUCCGGCGCUACUAUGAAUCCAACCGCGCUCCUUUCGGUAUCUUCCUGCACGCGCGCUGGUUCCACACCGAGCAUCACCUCGACGCCCUCGCGUUUGUGGACGAGCUGCUGCAGCUAGAUGACGUGUACAUCGUGACCCCGGGUCAGGUCGUCGACUGGAUGCGUAACCCCAAGUCGGUGGACGAGGUCAAGUACUUCCAGCCUGGACCUGCGAAGGAGUCGUGUCCUCCGACAAAAGGCGGCGGUAGACAUGAUCCUGGGAGAUGGAGGGGUCACUUUUGAAUCGGGACUUCAGCAAUGUUUUCAGCCACGACUUCCAGACCGACUCGCUCUUGUCGCGCUGUCUUACGUGACGUCAUGCAACGUCACCAGGACCGGCGGCACGUGACCAGCCCUCACGAUGUUGCAGACAUCAACCUCUUUACCUCAUUUGCACUGUCGUAGUGUUACCGCAUGGUAAAUUCUGUUUUCUCGCAUUAGCGUCUUAGUGUUGCCCACCCGGUCCCGCCCCCAUCGCCCACCACACAAACUGCUGAUGAAUGCGGACUUUUAUUGUAGGGCUUGACACCUGAUAGGUGUCGGACACACGUCACAUCGCACACACAAACAUGUGCACCACUCUCCUCACUGGCAGGAACUCGUUAAACGUAGAACAGUCACAGAACAGGAGGUCUGAGAGAGAUUAAAACAGACUAUUCUAGAAAACAGUUUUCUGGGUAAUAUAAAAACCAUAGUAGGCCAUGGUGGGGUACGUCACACACACAAAAGUCCUGAAGUAAACUCUAUAAGAAAAAUUCGCGGGAAAGGGAAUCAUCAGAUGUUUUGAGCCUGAUUUGCAGACAGCGGUUUUCUUUUUUGUCUUGUUUGGUCAAAACUAGCUUUGUUUAGCUCCUGGAAUGUCACAUCUAGUUAGACAGGUUAGAUUAAGAUUGAAUCAUGUAAAUUUAACGAGCAAGAAAUGGGGGAAAACAGCACCUUUGACAAAAUGCACUUUGCCCUUUGCCCCUGACUGACGUGUCCAGCAUCUAUCAGCUCACCA